UUCUCCUCUCCAGUCUAAAUGAUGUCACUUUCUAAAAAGGCUGUCAGCAAGAAUGUAGGUGGCACCCAAACACAGUAGCAGGGAGAUUCCCGCAGUAAAGCUCACACACUGUCACCAAGGCGCUUCAGUGAAAUAGUCCUGCACUUUACUUGGAUAGUCUCUGCUUGUCAUUUCACCGGUUAUCAACCAGGGGAAGGCAUUCCAGGAAGACUGUAGGAGUCUCUUCGUGUGCCUCAUGGCUGCGGUACUUGGAAACAGCACCCGAACUACGGGAACUUCAGAUUGUGAGCUGAGAAGCCACUUCAGAAGGAGAAAGAGGAGGAGGUCGACAAGAAAAGAGAGAACCAGUAUGCUGUCAUCCUUCAUCAGCCCUAUGAAGAUUAGAGAUACUGGGACAACAACAUCAACAGACGAUGGAGACACUUCAAAUAGCAGCAGCGCUGAGGUGAAGGAGAAUCGUCAUAGCACAAACCAAGUGGACUAUUCCACCAUACGACAACCUGCACAUCAUCAACCAGCUCUUUACACUGACAUCUCCAGAGAGCUCUCCAGGACUACUGCUCUAAAGAGGAAGCAGCCAUUGGUGGAAGGAAAAGACAGUCUUCUCUAUGAACUCCAGUUGAUCUGUAAGAGGACAGCCCAUUGCUUUACAUCAGAUAGCGCCACGACUCCAUCUGCACUGUCGGUUGAGGGAGGAGCAUCACGCGGGAGUGACGCAACCUGUCGGAAGACAAUGAGGACUUCCUGGUCUGUCACAAAGAAGAACGCCCUGGUGCAGUUGAACGAGCUGAGACCAGGUCUACAGUAUGAGAUAGCAUCCUGGACAGGGCCAGUUCACGCCCCUGUGUUCGCUGUAGGAGUAGAGGUGAACGGUCUCAGGUUCGAGGGCCGAGGCCCCACCAAGAAGAAGGCUAAGAUGAGAGCAGCAGAGAUGGCUCUUAGGUCCUUCAUCCAGUUCCCCAAUGCCCCUCAGGCUCACAUCACCAUGGGAAACCUCAACUUUAUCAACACCACAGCACCAACAGACUUCACCUCAGACCAGGCCGUUCUCAUCCCUGAUACGCUCUUCAAGGAGUUUGAGCCAGAGGCAAACGAAGACCAAUUCCUUUACCACAGGACAGACGGAAAGGAGUUGCAAUUUGAGGAGCCACCAGCGCAGGGAGAAACACAACUCCUAUACCACAGCCACAGGACAGGGGGAAAGGGACAGGAGUUGCUCUCCAGCAUUUGUAACCAUGGGAGACUAGUAUGCCUGACCCUUGACCUGAAGAGGCAGAGGAUCGGUUCCUCCAUUGUUGAGGAGCUGAGGCCUGUGGCUCUGCUCAAUGAGUUAAGGCCAGGCCUGAGGUACGUCUGCUUGAUGGAGAGAGUGCGGGGCAGGCCGAUCAGGAGCUUUGUGAUGGCAGUGAGGGUGGAUGGGAGGAUAUUUGAGGGCUGUGGGUGCAGUAAGAGACUGGCUCAAGCCCAGGUAGCUACCUCAGCCCUACAGGACCUGUUUAACAUCAGUCUGGGGCCUGAGACUAGCAUCAGUCAUACUGCCAGCUGGGCCAAGAGCUCUCAGCUACCUCAGUGCUUUGCAGAGUCAAUCUUCCACUUGGUGAGAGAGAAACACAGUCAGCUAGCUGACUGUUACUGCCCUACCUCCCACAGCCGUCACAAAGUACUGGCAGGCAUCGUAAUGACCAGAGGUUUUGACAUUAGGCGAGGCCAGGUGGUGUCUCUGGGGACAGGGACCAAGUGUUUCAGUGGAGUGUGUGUCAGUGACCAGGGAUGGACGGUUAAUGACUGCCAUGCUGAGGUCAUCACAAGGAGGGCUUUCCUCCGCUUUCUCUACACCCAACUGGAGCUCUUUCUCUGUAACCGGCCAGACAGUUUGGAGCAGUCCAUCUUUGUGCGAGACAAAGAGUCUGGGUACAGACUGAGAGAUGGUAUUCUGUUCCAUAUGUAUGUGAGCUCAUCGCCCUGUGGGGACGCACGCCUCAAUUGCCCCUACGAGGUAACAGCUACACACCACAGCUGGCACAGAUUUGUAAGGAAGUUACGCUGCCAUCUGAGGAUGAAGAUGGAAGGCGGUGAGGGUACACUACCUGUCAGCGUACGGAGAGCCAAUCAGAAAUGGGACAGGGGGUUGCCGAGGGAACCUCCGGUCACCAUGUCCUGCACAGAUAAAAUGGCCAGGUGGAAUGUUCUAGGUCUCCAGGGAUCUCUCCUGUCUCACCUGGUGGAGCCAGUGUACCUCCACAGCCUCACUGUGGGCAGCCUGUGCCACACGGGUCACCUGGGAAGGACCAUGGCACGACGCAUGGGGCACAUCAGCCCCACGUCCUCCUCCUAUAGACACAACAGGCUACUCCUCGGCUGCCUCAGCAGCAGUGAGGGUCGGCAGCCAGGGAAGUCCCCCAGGUUCAGCGUGAACUGGAGUGCUGGAGAUGGGGAGCUGGAGGUGCUGGAUACCUCUACAGGCAGGAGGAAAGGCUCAGGGACACCAUCCAGACUCUGCAAGAGAUCCCUCUUCACUCGUUGGGAGAGACUACACCACCAGCUGCGCAGGCCAGGACAAGUGUUGGGUGACGAGAAGGCCAUAAAGACGUACUGUGGAGCUAAGAUGACAGCGGGGGCCUACCAGAGAGCCAAGCAGAAGUUUGUCCUCUCACUGCAGGAGGCAGGCCUGGGCAUCUGGAACAGGAAACCACCAGAACAGGAGCACUUCCAGAGCAACGUGUAAGGGGUUCUUAUAGAAGAAGCAAUUCCCUCACACACACACACUCACAUGCGCUCUUCCUAUCAUGGUCACUAAGACCAUAGAGGUCCUAUAACACAAUGUUACCAUGAUAGGGACAGCACAUGUACAGGUAACCCGCCAAAAUAAUGGAAACAUUUGAGUAAAUGAAGGAUACAAAGUAUAUUGAAAGCCGAGUUAAUUAAGCCGUUAAUAUUCUAUAAUGCUUAGGGUCAUGUAUAGAAAUGCUGGAGGAGGAAAGCAUGGAUUAUCAACUAGAUUCAGCCGUGGGCGGAACAGGGGGGCGGAACAUAAUUACAGAUCAUUUCUAGGCAAAUUGACCACAAGAUCAAACAGAUCAUGUAUCUCUCUAUUAUGCGAGGGAAUACUUAGAAACACAUUUCCCAAAUUAGAAUCACUUUGGACUGAUUUCCUGGUGCUUUUACAGUUUUCUUAUGUCCAACAAUGAAAAACCCUAGAGGUCUUCUCGGGUCCAAAAAUGUGGACAUGGACACGAACGGACAGAUCAUAAAUUAUUUUUUUUAAAUGUAAAAGGGGACCCGAACCUGACAACAAUCAGACCCAAGCAUAAAUGGACCCGACAACACCCAGACCUAGACCUGACCUGUACCCUAAAAGUUCCGGAUCUAGACCAGACCCCUGAUUGGACCAGAGAGAUAUUUUUUUUAAUUUGCAACUAAGUUGCUCUUCUGGUUAACAAAUAGGCCUUUAUAUUUUGGCUAGGCCUUCUGUAAGUCAAUAAACUCACAUUAUAAGUGUAAAAUAAAUAUGCUAUAGGCUAUGCAGAGGCAUUCGGGUCAACGCGGGUCUAUCAGCUGUAGUACCUAGACCCAAACCCGAUGACAAUCAAACAGGACCCAAGGGAAAAGUUAUAAUUCUGGACCGCGGUCGGGUAUCGGGUAUUUGUUUUCGGGUACACCCAUGAAGACCUGUACUAUAACCCUAUAGGAUGACAAUGCACAGGGCACGAGUGGUUACUGAAUUGUUUGAUGAGCAUGAAAACAAUGUAAACCACAUGCCAUGGCCAUCUCAGUCACCAGAUCUCAACCCAAUUGAACAAUUAUGGGAGAUUCUGGAGCAGCACCUGAGACAGCGUUUACCACCAGCAAAUUAUGGCAUUUCUUGUGUUGGGGUUUCCUUUAUUUUGGCAGUGUGAGGUGAGUGUGUGAGGGAAUUUGGCUAGCUAAAGUUCCCUGGAUUGCUUCUGUGCACUAUUUGCUUAUCUAUAAUGAAUUUGUAGCCCUGCUUUCAUUCCGCCUCCUCUGUGCAAUCAUAUAACAAUAGUAGCCCAAAGAUGAUCCCAUUUCCCCUUUAGUAAUCCGUCAUCCACACCUGUUGAGUUACUCACUUGAGCUCCCCUUAUUUUUGGUGUCUCCUUGCAAUGCAAACGACAUUUCCUUUCAACCAUUCUGUCAUGUAUUGUCUUGUUCAUUUUUUACAUUGAAUGUUAUUAAAUAGUUUUGAGAGAAAAUUGUCAUUGUAGUACUGGGGAGUCAGUAGACUAUAGUAUGUGACUGGCUAUAGUAUGUGAACCUGGCCAUGAGAAACAUGAAAGAGCAGGGACAUCUAGUGGCUCAAAGAGUACAUUUCAAGUUGACAGUAAUUGACCCAUUUUUAUUUUAUUUUAUCUACAUUACAAUUGCACAUAUAGACAUGCCAUAUGGCUAAUUUAAAUUAAUUUAUGUAUUUCCUCUUUCUGCAAGCAACUUUAUUGCUAGAUAUAUAUUUCUACACAAAAGACAUCUCUGCACAACACCUCACAGACUGAAACGACAAUGCAAAUAGUAAUGUCAAAGUAUUUUGUAUCAAUAUCAUUGAAUGUCAAAUGUAAAAUA